GGUGGCUCCAAUCCAUGGUGGUAGAGCACCCAUUUCAUGGCUGAUUCCCGCAGUGAACUGUACUCCGAGGUGUCGAACAUGAGAUUGGGAGGAGGAGGAGGAGAUGAUGAGAACAUUAUACUCAAUCCUGCCUUCGACGAUGGCCUAAACAACUGGUCCGGAAGAGGAUGCAAGAUCGCGCUCCACGAUUCCAUGAGCGACGGGAAAAUUCUGCCGCUGAACGGUGGGAAGUACUUCGCCUCGGCCACCGGACGCACGCAAAGCUGGAACGGGAUUGAGCAGGAAAUCACCGGCAGGGUGGAGCGGAAGCUCGCUUACGAGGUCGCCGCCACCGUCAGAGUCCUCGGUGGCUCGACUACUACGGCCGAUGUGAGGGUGAAUCUCUACCUUCAAGGGGCAAAUGGCCGCGAUCAGUACAUCGGCGUUGCCAAAUCGCAAGCGUCAGAUAAGGAUUGGGUGCAACUGCAAGGCAAGUUUCUAUUGAACGGUGCUGCCUCCAGAGCUGUCAUAUUCAUCGAAGGACCACCUGCAGGUACCGAUCUUCUUCUCAACAGCUUAGUAGUUAAACAUGCGGCGAAGAUGCCACCACCAUCUCCUCCAGAUUUCCAGAGUGUUGUUCAUGGAGUAAACAUAAUCCAGAACAGCAAUCUGGUGGAUGGUUCCGAUGGCCUAAAUGGGUGGUUUCCUCUCGGUUCCUGUAAACUGACCGUCACCAGCAAUGGCGCGCCUCAUGUGCUUCCUCCCAUGGCAAAAGAGUCACUCGGAACACGGGAGCCUUUGAAUGGUCGAUACAUACUCGUCACGAGCCGCACGCAGACAUGGAUGGGUGCAGCUCAGGCCAUUGCCGACAAGCUGCAUCUGCACGCGACAUAUCAAGUUUCGGCCUGGGUUCGCGUCGGCCCUCAGCGGAGUGGCCCUCAGAACAUCGGUGUCUCCCUCAGCGUCGAUGGCAAGUGGACCAGCGGAGGCCAAGUCGAAGCUAAAGAUGGGAGAUGGUAUGAAAUCGGAGGAUCAUUCAGAAUCGAGAAGCAGCCAUCAAGAGUCAUAGUCUCUGUUCAAGGCCCUGCUUCCGGAGUCGAUCUAAUGGUUGCAGGGCUUCAGAUCUUUCCUGUUGACAGGACAAAAAGAUUUAAGCGUCUCAAGAAAUUAACUGAUAAGGUAAGAAAGAGGGACGUGGUUCUGAAUAUUUCGGGCUCCGGUGUUGAUGCUGCGGCUGGAUCAUCCGUGCGAGUGACACAAAUCAAGAACAGCUUCCCUUUGGGAUCAUGCAUCACGCGCACCAACAUGGACAACGAGGACUUCGUCGACUUCUUCGUCAACAACUUCAACUGGGCGGUGUUCGGGAACGAGCUCAAGUGGUACUGGACGGAGCCGCAGAAAGGAAGUCUGAACUACGCCGACGCCGACGAGCUGUUGGAGCUGUGCAGGAAGAACGGCAUGGAGGCCAGGGGACACUGCAUCUUCUGGGAAGUGGAGAGCACGGUGCAGAACUGGGUUCGGUCCCUGAACAAGGAGGACCUCUCCAUGGCCGUUCAGAACCGGAUCAAUGGCCUCCUUACCAGGUACAAAGACCAGUUCCGGCACUAUGAUGUCAACAACGAGAUGCUUCAUGGCUCCUUCUACCGAGAUCGGCUGGGAGAAGACAUCAGAUCAUACAUGUUCAAGACUGCAAACCAACUGGAUCCCUCUGCUACGCUGUUCGUGAACGACUACAACGUGGAGGGAGCUGCCGAUACCAGAGCGUCCCCGGAGAUGUACAUGAACCAAAUACUUGGCCUCCAAGAACAAGCUGCUCCAGUCGGAGGAAUUGGAUUACAGGGACAUGUCACCACUCCAGUUGGGCCAGUUGUGUCUUCUGCGCUGGACAAGCUGAGUGUACUCGGGCUUCCGAUCUGGUUCACCGAACUGGACGCACCGGCAUCGAACGAGUACGUUCGAGCCGACGACCUGGAGGUGAUGCUUCGCGAGGCCUUCGCGCACCCUUCGGUGGAGGGGAUCAUGCUGUGGGGAUUCUGGGAGCUGUUCAUGUUCCGCAAUAAUUCGCACUUGGUGAAUGCUGAAGGUGAUCUCAAUGAAGCUGGGAAGAGGUUCCUGAUGCUGAAGCAGGAGUGGCUGUCACAUGCCAGCGGGAAAGCGGACGAUCAAGGAGAGUUCAAGUUCAGAGGAUUUCAUGGCACUUACAGUGUUGAUAUCAUAACUCCUAACGAGGAGAAGCUCUCUCAGACAUUCACGGUUGCAGAGGGGGAUUCUGCUCUAGUCGUCAACAUAAAUCCAUAGAAGAACAGCCACGAUAAUUUGAAUGUCCGAAUAAAAAUUAAUGUGUUGUGUUGUGCAGACGCACAAAAGCAAGAACAUUAAUAUAUCCCAUUUAUGUAGUUUAUACUAUGGCUGAAAAUUCUAAAACCGAGAUGUGAUUGAUUAA